UCAAAUGAAUUUACAAUAUAUGUAAAGAGUAUACACAACUGAAACAAAAUGACCUCUAGAUUAGAUCGAUUAUUUGUACUUUUAGAAUCAGGGUCAUCAGCUGCAACACGUAAUGCAGCUGCAAAGCAAUUGGGUGAAGUACAGAGACUGCAUCCACAUGAGUUACACACACUUUUGGGUCGCAUUUCUGUAUUAUUACGUGCUCCAUCAUGGGAUACAAGAGUGGCUGCUUCACAAGCUGUUGCAGCUAUAUUAUCAGCCACGCCACAAUGGAAUCCAACACCUAUUGAAAUCAAAAAGGGUAACUGUUUAAAUUAAAAGUACCAACACACAAAUUUGAAAGAAGAUAGAAAGCCACAAUUUACGGGUAAAUUACGUUUACAACAAUUAGAUAUGGAACAAGUAUUAUCAAAAAGUAAUCACUUAAUGGGGUCGGAAGGGAAUGAAUAUGAUUUGGAUGAAGAUACCAAAUCUUUACAUCUUGAUGGAAAGGAACGUUUAGCAUAUCAACGACAACAGCUUAAUGCUAAACUUGGCUUAGAUUUUGCUGCAAAAAUUGGUAUUGACAUGUCGGGAAUGUUGAGUAACGAAGAUUUGAUAAAUAGUCAUACGCCACAAGCUAAAUUAAGUAACGAUAAUAAUCUUAAUAAGCAACAUAUUAGUGAAGUAAUCAAAAUAUCGAAUGAUGCGGGUUUAAGUUCAAGAGAAAUAAAUCGAGCCAGACGAAAAGCACGACAGGCAGUUAAUAAACAACGGUCUAGAGAACCGCCGAAUAAUGAUGAUUGCGGGACAUCAAAUGAAAAUGAUUAUCCAGAUCGAAAACGUAUUAAACUCGAAAAUGAUUUUAAAGUAAAAGAAGAAUUUCCUAUAUUAGGAGAUUGUACACCUGAUGCAACGGGUAAUUGGGGUCCAGAUGCCAUAGAAUGGCCAUUAGAAAAUUUUUUUGAAAAUUUAUGUAUAGGAUUAUUUAGUUCUUCAUGGGAAACACGUCAUGGGGCUGCUACAACUAUGCGAGAAUUAUUACGAACGCAUGGUAAAGGAGCUGGGCGGUUAGCUUAUUCUACAGCUGAAGAGAUGGAAGAACACCAUCAACUUUGGUUGGAGGAUACAGCAACACGAUUGUUAUGUGUAUUAGCUUUAGAUAGAUUUGGUGAUUUUGUGUCGGAUGCUGUCGUUGCACCCGUUAGAGAAACUGCUGCCCAAUGUCUUGGUACGACAAUGAGUAUAAUGACACCGGAAGCAGUUCAACACGUUAAAAAAUUACUGUUACAAUUACUCCAACAAAAAGAAUGGGAAGCACGACAUGGAGGUCUUUUAGGUUUAAAAUAUAUGCUUGCUGUGCGAGAGGAUUUAGUUCCUUUAUUGUUACCAGAUUCGUUCCCAUCAAUUUUAUCUGGUUUAUCGGAUCCAGUUGACGAUGUUGGAGCAGUUGCGGCUGCUGCUUUAAUACCAGUCGCGCCAGCACUUGUAAGACUAUUACCAGAAGCUGUAGCUCCUGUUGUUUCACGUUUAUGGGAACUGUUAGGGGAACAAGAUGAGUUAGCGGCUGCUUGUAAUAGUUUUAUGGGUUUAUUAGCUGCUAUUCUUAGCUUACCAGAAUCACAGCCAUUAUUACCUCCUAUUUCACUUGCUGAAGUUGUACCACGUCUAUGGCCAUAUUUAUGUCACAGUACAUCCUCGGUUCGUCGUGCCACAUUGCAAACACUUCGUACGUUAACGCAAGUUCAAUCGAAUAUUGGUGAAGCUACAAAUGCUAAUCUACAUUGGAAUGCCGAAUUACUUCAAGAUGCAUUACGACAUGUAUUCCAACGUGUAUUAGUCGAACAUAUUAGUGAUGUUCAGGAAAUUGUGGAAGAAGUUUGGAAUAAUUUAGUACAAAAUUCGGGACUAGCUGAAUUAUUACAUGCCGCAUGUCCAUUUGUUAGUACAUGGAUUUGUUUAACAAUGCAACCGGCAAAAUUACCUUUUGAUGCAUCUUUGUUGAUCCAAUCUAGGAGCUUAAAAGUAAGCGAUGAAAGAAGAAGUCGAAUGUCAAAUGAUCUAUAUUCACAAUCUGGUACAGAUUUAAGUCAAGAAAGUUUAAAUCAUCAACAAAAAUGGUUUAUUGGUGGUAGCGAAACAACCCCAUUACCUGUACGAGAAGCGAAUGUAAUGCGAGCACGAUGUAUGGCCGCUAGAAUGCUAGGUUUAUUAUCGUCAUAUAUUGUAAAACCAGCACCCGGAAUUAUUUAUACGUCAGAUGUAGAAUCACCCGUAGAUUGUUAUGUGAAAGUUCUAGUCGCUUAUUUACAAUCCAAGUCAGCAUUUCAGCGUAUGAUGACUGGUCUCAUAAUUGCUGAAUGGGCUCGAAUUGAUACAGAAACAACACGUCCAUGUCCAGAGGCACUUAAACAACGUCUUCAUUUAUGUUUAACUGAGUGUUUAUAUUUUGAUGAAAUUGCUGUUUCGUUUACACGACUUUUACAAGAAACGAAAGAUUUUAUUGCUACUUUAAAACAUUACAAGGUAAAAUUUAAUUCACGAUAAUGUAAAUAGAACAUCUCAAAUGCUGGAUCUGUUCUAACUUUAGAUCAAAUAUCACGUUUAAGUGAUAACACUAUGGCGAAUAUUAUUACCGAAGCUAGGUUAAAACCAAAAGUGAUGGCUAGUCUAGAAGAACGGCGUCGUUCAAUUAAUUCAUCUGCUCAAAGCACAGUCAAAGAUCAACAAGUGUUAACGAUAUCAUCGUUAUCAGCAUUAGCUGGAGCGUGUACAUAUUUAGAAGCGCUUCCUGAAAAAUUAAAUCCUGUUGUAAAACCUCUAAUGGAAUCGAUUAAACGAGAAAAUGAAGAACGUUUACAAGCAACGUCAGCAAAUUCGUUAGCAAAAUUAGUUAAGCAAUGUAUUACUCGAGAACCAUGUCCAAAUGCAAAAAUUGUUUCAAAUUUGUGUACAUUGUUAUGUUCUGAUCCAGAUUUUACACCUAAAAUUGUUGUAAGUAUGCGCUUCAAUUUUACUUGUCGAAUUUUUGUUAGGGCUGAGACCUAAAACGGUGUUGAUGAAGGCAGUAGGGCAGCUACGCCAGUUAUAUCUGGUGAUCAAUUUUCUGGAAUAUUAACAUUAACAAAUAUGCAAAAAACUGCAGAAAAAGCAGCUUUGCGAAGAACAAAUAGUUCAACUGGUCGAGGACCUGGUCGUCCACCAGUUAGUGAUGUACCAGUUGAAGAUUUAUUUGCAGAAGAUGAUGCCCAAAAAAGCAAUCAAAUACAAAGGCGUGGUGCAAUGCUUGCUUUAACAUCCAUCACAGAAUAUCUUGGCAGUGAUUUGCCAACAAAACUACCUCGACUAUGGGAGUUGAUUGUUAGCGAUCUGUCGAAGACUAUUGAUCCAGAAUAUAAUGGUUUGUAUUCAGAAAUAAAUCUUUAAAACUUUUAAUCUUAUUAAAACAUUUAUUUCAUAGAACUCACUGUAAAUAGUGCAGCAGCAGCAGAGUCAUUAGUAUCGUCGCUACAAGUAUUAGAAGUAUGUGCAGGAUCCGUACAUUCUGCGUUGCUACCAACAAUUUUGGAAAUCGCCUUACCGCGACUGGCAAAACUUUUAACACACACAUAUCGUGCUGUACGACAUUUAGCCGCAAGAUGUUUAGCAUCUAUAGCAAAAUUAGCCCCAGUUAGUGUCAUGGAAUUGGUUGUUGAAAAAAUUUUACCAUUAUUAGGCGCCGUACAUUUUGAUACUCAUCGUCAAGGUGCAGUCGAAGCUAUUGCGUGUAUUGUAGACUCUUUGCAAUUUAAUAUUGUACCAUACGUUACGCUUUUAAUUGUACCACUUCUAGGUCGUAUGAGUGAUCAAAAUGAAAGUGUACGGCUGAUGGCGACACAUAGUUUUGCAACACUUGUACAAUUAAUGCCAUUAGAUGGCGCUGUUCCUGAACCGAAUGCUCUCUCUGAGUCGUUACGUGGACAAAGAGAACGUGAAAGAUCAUUUUUACGACAACUUUUAACACCAAGUACAAUUCCAGAUUACACUAUUGCAAUACCAAUUGAGGCUGAACUUCGAAGCUAUCAACAAGCUGGUAUUAAUUGGUUAGCAUUUCUCAAUCAAUAUAAGUUACAUGGAAUAUUAUGUGAUGAUAUGGGCUUAGGAAAAACUCUUCAAUCGAUUUGCAUGUUGGCUAGUGACCAUUACUAUCGUGACCAAAAGUAUAAAGAAACUCAAGCAGUUGAUUGUGCCCCAUUACCGUCUCUAGUCAUAUGUCCACCAACAUUGACUGGCCACUGGGUAUAUGAAGUAGAAAAAUUUUUAUCUGCUAAAUAUUUAAGACCAUUACAAUUUGUUGGUCCACCUGCGGAACGUGAAAAACUACGCCAUAAAGUUAAACAUCAUAAUUUAAUUGUCGCAUCAUAUGAAAUCGUCCGAAAAGACAUUGAUUUCUUUAGUGCAAUUAAAUGGAAUUAUUGUAUUUUAGACGAAGGUCAUAUUAUUAAAAAUGGUAAAACCAAGUCAUCGAAAGCAAUUAAACAAUUAACUGCCAAUCAUCGAUUAAUUUUAUCCGGCACACCUAUCCAAAAUAAUGUAUUAGAAUUAUGGUCAUUAUUCGAUUUCUUAAUGCCAGGAUUUUUGGGAACAGAAAAACAAUUUACAGCUCGAUUUAGCCGACCUAUACUAGCUAGUCGUGAUCCAAAAAGUUCACCAAAAGAACAAGAAGCUGGUGCCAUUGCAAUGGAAUCGUUGCAUCGACAAGUUUUGCCGUUUCUUUUGAGACGUAUGAAAGAAGAUGUUUUGGAUGAUUUACCGCCAAAGAUUACACAGGAUUAUUAUUGUGAAUUGAGUCCAUUACAAGAACAGUUAUAUGAAGAUUUUUCAAGAUCACAAGCUCAUCAAUCUUUACAAGAAUCGUUUACGGCUUCAACAGGAAGUAAUAGUAAUGCAACAGGACAUACUAAUCACAUUUUCCAAGCACUUCGAUAUUUACAAAAUGUUUGUAAUCAUCCAAAACUAGUUUUGACACCCGCUCAUCCGUUGUAUACACAAAUGAUGUAUCAGUUACAGCAACAGAACAUGACACUUGAUAAUAUUCAGCAUGCUGCUAAAUUACCAGCAUUAAAACAAUUAUUAAUUGACCUUGGUAUUGGAGCAGUUACACCGCCAACAUCAACAUCCACUGAAAUAAUAAUAAAUCAACAUCGUGCUUUAAUAUUUUGUCAAUUAAAAGUAAUGUUAGACAUUUUAGAAAAGGAUUUAUUUAAAACACACUUACCAGGUGUGACAUACUUACGCUUAGACGGUAGCAUACCACCAGCACAAAGACAUGCACUUGUUACACGUUUUAAUAAUGAUCCAUCAAUUGAUGUGUUAUUGUUGACCACCCAGGUAGGUGGUCUUGGUUUGAAUUUAACUGGUGCCGAUACGGUUAUAUUUGUUGAACAUGAUUGGAAUCCAACACGGGAUUUACAAGCUAUGGAUCGUGCACAUCGUAUUGGACAACGACGUGUUGUUAAUGUUUAUCGACUCAUAACUAGACAUACAUUAGAGGAAAAAAUUAUGGGAUUACAAAAGUUCAAAUUAUUGACUGCAAACACUGUAAUUAGUGGAGAAAAUUCUAGUCUAAAUACAAUGGGUACCGGUGAUUUAUUAGAUUUGUUUUCUCAUCAACCUGAAUCAUCAAAUUCCGGUAAUCAAACAAAUAAUGGUGGAAAUGGCCCAGCUACAAUGAAGUCAGUUUUAGAAGGCCUUCCAGAUCUUUGGGAUCAUAAACAAUAUGAAGAAGAAUUUGAUCUUACAAAUUUUGUGAAGAAUUUACGUAAUUAAUUUUUUUUUAAUUGAAAAAGUAUCCAAUAUUUAUAAAUAUAUGGAACCCAUAAGUAUUGUUAUUUCUUUUGUUUUUCAAUUUGUUAUUGAUGAUAGUUUAAACUUCAAAAUUGCUCAAAUCAUUUAAGGGACAGAACCACAUAACAUCAAUUGUCGCUAUAGGAAUUUAAGAAAGAUUUUUAGAGCUUAAUAACUUUCUAAAAUUCAGGUUAAAGGUUGCCGAGAGAUUUUUAAUACGAUAAACACUUUCUUAAAGAGAAGGGAUUGCCAUUUGUAAUUAGUCUGAAAGACCUUCUUACGAAGGUUAAACAUAAAUUUCUUCGUUGUAACGGUAAGUUAUUAAAAACUUGGUGGAACGAGUCCUCUCAUAUUAGAAAUGUGUGUCAUAUCUCUCAGCAGAAAACGCAGACAGCUUUGACCUUUUAUAUAAUUAUUAUUUACAUGUAAAUGACAACUGUUGAUCGAGAUCUGAGUCUCUACACAUAUUCUAAACGUCAUAUGUGGCUUCAUUAUGACGAGUUAUAUACAGUUGUGUAUUUUUUUAUCUGAGAAAAUUUCCCUUGUCUCCUGCAAAAUAUUUUCUCACUAAUGUAUCUCAUUGAAUUUACUAAUGAACUUUCAAAGUCAGUUUAAUAGUAAAAAAAAUUCCAAUUAUAUUCAUAAUGUAUUUUCGCCUUGUAUGUUUCCAAUUGUCUGGCCUAAAUUUUUGUUGUAAUAUUUUUUCUACGUGUGUUUUUUUUUUAUGAAUAACCUUAGUAUUUUUUAUUUCAAGUACAUACAGUUUAACUCGUCAUAACAAAUUGAUUUUUAAUGCAAAUAAACCAGUGAGUCGUUGAUUAAUUUCAUACAUCGUAAUAUUAAGUCACAAUUUUCUGAAAAUUCAAAAAGUUUAAACGAGGCUGCGGAAAACUUGAAAAGUAGCAUAAGAAAUACCCACGUAAGUGCUUUAGAUCUUCGUAACAUUUUCUUAUAUCUUUGAUGAACAUUUUCUUAAUUCUCUGUAAUUUUAAACUGAGAAAAAAAUAAUUAUUAGAAUAGCAAGACUUUUAAUUUUAAUUAGGGUCGCUGUUUAACAACUUGGUUAUUAGCGAGCGCAGAGAUUUAUACAUUACUAGCAGAUACUCGCCCGUUUUAAUGGGCAAUUUCAACUUGAAAAAAUAGAGAAUACCCUCUUAUAAUCUUCACUUGACUUAACCUCACUUAACUUACCUUUUGUUCAAAAUUUAAUGAGUUUUAAUUUUUUUUUUUGAAAAUCAAAUACAGUCCAUGUUACUUGUCUGACAAUGUAGCAUUCUAUAGGUGAAAAUUUUUGAAAUCGGUUAAGUAGUGGACUUAAAAUGACAAAUUUGUAUACAAACUUUGCCUCCGUUUUUCACUCCCUUAGCUGUAAAAUUUCGGAAAAUCGGAAUCGGAUGCUCAUUUUUUUAUCGAAUGCAUACGCCAUACAAAGAACACACCCUCCAGGGUGAGAAAACAUAUACCCUCCGGGAUAAGUCUGAGAAAACGGCUCAAUUUUACUAAUAUUUAUUGAACAUUUCUGUAAAUAUUUGCCGGUUGUUGGUAAAUUUAAACGGCCCAAUAUUUUUUUAGGCCACUAUUAUUCUCUCUUAUUUUAUUCAUUUAUCUUACAUUCGAGAAAAAAGCAAACGGUUCAUAUUUUUUUAAUAAGUCGUUUAAUUGACAUGUUUCCCAUCUUCUAUAUUGAAAACGGCUCAAUUUCAAAGUUUUCGUAAAUGUUAACGUUGUAGAUUUCAAUGGAAUGAAGCCACUUACGAAGUUCCGUAAGAGUGUUAAUCACGAAACUAUACUCCCUCUCUGUACUGUAGACUAUAACAUCAUACAUUUUAUAGCCAUUUUUUGAUAUCACAAGAUUUAAUUAUAUUACAAACGUAUGAAAUUGAUCACCGGCUUCUGAACUAAAUUUUUUUCAUAAAAUAUAUCUUUUUUACAAAAAAAAUCAUUUUCAUUUCAUUUUAUUUAUAAUCAUGCAAUUACGUCAUCUUAAGUAUAGUUCAUAAUUUAUUAUGUAUGUUUAAUAAUUUUACAAACGAUCAUUCUAAGUUUCUUUUUAUUUCAUAGAAUACAACAUAGAAAUAACUUAUUCUCACGUGUAGAUCACACUAAAAUCCCAUAUGUGAUUCCCUUUAGUUUUCACUAUAUGCAAUCAAUGUGUUAGAUAAAAUUGAAUUAAAUGUUUUAUGUGUUUUGUUGUAAAAUAUAUAAUCGUACUAAACUUAAUUCGUUUCUAAAAAUUUAGAUUCUGAAGCAUUAAAUGGCUUGU